AUGAAAGAUAAAUCAACAACAAUAUCAUCUUCUACAACAAAAUCGACAAAACAACCUAAAACAACAACAGCAAAUAAUCAUCGUCGAGCAAUUUCAUUAAAAAGAAAACCGAAAUUAAUUGGAAGGAAAGAAAUUAUAAAUCCUUUAUCAAUAGAUGCUUUAGAAUUUGAUUUAAAUAAAGAAAUGUCUUCAAAAUUAAAUGGAGGAGGAAGAGAAGAGGAGAAAGAGAAAUCUUUGGAUGUUGUAAGUGUACAUUCAGUAGAUGAUUUGAUUGAUUUAAAUGAUGACAAGGAAGAAGGGGAAGAGAAGAAGGAAGGAAUAAAGAAAGAAGGAAAAACAGCAUUAUUGUCUUCAAAUAAUCAUCUUCACUCACAUCUUCAUUCAAGUAUUCAUUCAAGUCCAAAUUUAUAUAUUCAAGCAACAACAACUACACCAAAUAGUAAUUCUCCAAAUAAUUCCUCUUCAUUUUCAUCAAAUUCCCAGUCUUUAAUUAUUCCAAAUGGAAAUACUUUAGCUUAUACACGUUCUUUACAGUCAGAACAAUUUAAAAGAAAAAAUAAUUGGGAGACUUUUGACUGA